AUGGCGGAUGCCCAUGCCGUCCGUGAGAAAUUUACGCAUGGAAAUAAUUCCUUGAUUACACCUUCUAACACAAUUUCCGUCAAGCUUUCGAAAGAUUCACAUCUAGAAAAUUAACAUGGCAGGUGAAAAUGAGGUUGACGUGUAUGAAGAAGGGAAGGGGGAGUUGGUGGACUGGCAGUUACCAGUUGCCUUCAACGAAAAUAGACACACGGAAAAGAUUGAAGGUUCUCGUCCAGUAACAGAAACAUGGAGGAUGAAAGAAAGGAUGAAGACCGUCAGUGUGGCUCUAGUCAUGUGUCUCAAUGUUGGUGUUGACCCUCCAGAUGUAGUGAAGACAUCUCCCUGUGCAAGACUGGAAUGCUGGAUAGAUCCCCUCUCCACAAGCCCCCAAAAGGCCUUGGAGUCCAUUGGAGGCAAUCUGCAGAAACAGUAUGAGCGAUGGCAGCCCAGAGCUCGAUACAAGCAGAGCCUCGACCCAACAGUAGAUGAGGUCAAGAAACUCUGUACGUCUCUCAGGAGGAAUGCCAAGGAGGAGAGGGUCCUGUUUCACUAUAAUGGCCAUGGUGUACCUCGUCCAACAGUAAAUGGAGAAAUUUGGGUCUUUAACAAGAGUUACACUCAGUACAUACCACUGUCAGUGUAUGACCUGCAGACUUGGAUGGGGAGUCCUUCCAUCUACGUUUUCGACUGUUCCAACGCCGGCAUCAUUGUGGAGUCGUUUAGACAGUUCUCUCAACAGAGGGACCAGGAAAUGGAUAGUGAAACCACAAACGGCAGCCAGUGGUAUAGUGGCCAGGGUCCCCCCUCCUCCAACAAGCACUGCAUACAACUAGCUGCUUGUGGUGCCAAGGAACUGCUACCCAUGAAUCCAGAACUACCUGCUGACCUCUUCACAUCAUGUCUAACUACACCAAUUAAAAUAGCCCUGAGAUGGUAUGUUCUUCAGAACACAAGCAAACUGGUGCCAGGUCUCACCCUGGAAAUGGUUGAUAAGAUCCCAGGUCAGCAGAAUGACCGGCGGACAAUGUGGGGUGAGCUCAACUGGAUCUUCACAGCCAUCACCGACACGAUUGCCUGGAACAUUCUCCCUAAAGAGCUGUUCCAGAAGUUAUUUCGCCAGGACCUGCUUGUGGCGAGUUUAUUCAGGAACUUUCUGCUUGCCGAGCGCAUCAUGCGUUCUUACAACUGUACCCCGAUCUCUAGUCCGAAACUACCUCCAACCUAUCAGCACCCCAUGUGGCAAGCAUGGGAUCUUGCUCUUGACCUCUGUCUUUGCCAACUGCCUCGGGUCAAUGAGGAAGAUGGCUCAGCAUUCAAGCACAGCCCUUUCUUUGCUGAGCAGCUAACUGCUUUCCAGGUGUGGUUGUCAUUUGGUAGGGAAGACCGCAGGCCCCCUGAGCAACUGCCUAUUGUACUACAGGUGUUGCUGAGUCAAGUUCAUCGACUGCGAGCCCUUGAUCUGCUGGGCAAGUUCCUGGACCUUGGUCCCUGGGCUGUGAGUCUGGCCCUGUCAGUUGGUAUCUUCCCCUAUGUGUUGAAGCUCCUUCAGAGCUCGGCAAGAGAGCUUCGACCUCUACUGGUGUUCAUCUGGGCCAAAAUACUGGCUGUGGACAGUUCCUGCCAGGCAGACCUUGUGAAGGACAAUGGUCAUAAGUACUUCCUGUCUAUUCUUGCUGAUCCAUAUUUGCCGGCUGAGCACCGGACAAUGGCAGCCUUCGUCCUGGCAAUGAUAGUAAAUGAAUACCAGCAGGGUCAGGAAGCUGCCUUACAAGGGGGCGUCAUAUCAGUGUGUCUGGAACAACUGGGCGACCGCAACUCCACCCUCCGACAGUGGCUGGCUCUCUGUCUGGGCAAGGUGUGGACUAACUUUGACAAUGCAAGGUGGUGUGGUGUGAGAGAUAGCGCACAUGAGAAGCUCUACAAACUACUGAUGGAUCCAGUACCAGAGGUUCGUGCAGCAGCUGUAUUUGCUCUGGGGACAUUCAUAAGCAACAGGUCUGAACGAAGUGACCAUGCGAUCCAGAUCGACCUGGGGGUCGGGAUGAGAUUGGCAGAGGUCGCUUCUGACGGCAGUCCCCUGGUCAGGAAGGAGCUGGCUGUGGCUUUUGGUGGUCUAGUGGUGCAGUUUGAAGGGCAGUUCGCUGCUGUAGCCUCUCAGAUGUUGGAGGAGGAGAAGUUGAAGGAUCGUAACACGCCAAUCGUGUCAGCCGAGGCCCCCGGUGGGUGGAAUGUUGUCACCCCUGGCACUGAUGGCUUGCUCUCACCUUUGAGUGCAGCUGGCAUCCGGCGCAGUGCUUCUCGCGGUAGCCUGAAGGGCAUGCUAUCCUCCACUCCCACCUCCAUGACGCCCCUACAGAACUACACCAGUAGUAGCUCCACCAGCGUAAGAGAGUGCGGCAGCCAUGAUGGUCUACGCAGAGACUCCUCGUCAUCCUCCCUCAGUGGCCUGGCCUUCAAGAACGUUCACAUGUGUGUGUGGCGCUCACUGCUGCUGCUAGCCAUGGACCCCCACACGGAGGUGGCAGACAUGGCCAAGAAGAUUGUCAACUCUGUCAGGCUCAGGGCGUCGCUGUGUGCCAAGCCCAAGAUGAUGAUUCAGAACAGUCAGAUGUCUCACUCUGCUCCCUGCAGUCCUUCAAACAAGCCCCCAGCUAACAUGAUACUUGGGACACCUCCCCAAAAUUCGGACAUGAUAAACAGUGUUGAUGAAGUUCGGAACCGAGACAACCAGUCCCCAGGGCGCACCAACAUUCUUGUGACCCCAGUUCGAGGGACCGGGCAGAGCUCCCAGCCCCCUCACCAACCGUACUCCAUGCAAUUCUCCCGUCACAGGAAGAUAUUUGAUAAAGGUCCCACACCAAUUGAGGAGAAGGAGGAGGAGGUGCCCAACAUUACUACCUCCAACGCAUCCAGUUCACAGAACAUCGGCCCUGUUUCCACCGAGUUCUUCCAGUGGAGUUUUCGACAUUUUGCGCAGCCAGUUCACAGAAUGAGAGAGAUGAGUGACCCAGAGAGUGAGCCGCACCAUCGGCGAGAGUACUGUUUUCUGCGUAACUCACAUGUCCGCAGAGACGCCCGUGAAGACCAGAUUAGAGCUGGUUUCAGUCGGCUGGAUGACCAGAUCUUUGUGAACCGUAACCAGUACCCUCCAUCAGUGGUCAAGUUCCACCCUUACAAGCCUCACUUAGCAGUGGCAGACAAGGAGUCCGGUGUGAGCAUCUGGAACUGGGAGCAGGGCACUAGACUCAGCUACAUCAUCAACGACAAUCCCAAGUCCACCCGCAUCACCGCCAUGGACUACAUCAAUGCUCACGACAAAGCAUUGCUGAUGUGUGGAUCAGAUGAUGGUGCAGUGAGAAUCUGGCGGAAGUAUAUGGUUGAUGAUGGCAAAGGGAAGGAACUGGUGACAGCUUUUCAGGCACUGUCUGAUAUGCUGCCAUUAUCUAGAGGUUCAGGGCUUGUGUGUGAGUGGGAGCAGGACUCCGGGAUGCUGCUGGCUUCAGGCGAUGUCAGGAUCAUUCGACUGUGGGACACGCAGAAGGAGAUGAAGUUACAGGAUAUUCCGACCAGUGCGGACAGUUGUGUAACGAGUCUGGCAUGUGACUCAAUGGGCAGAUCACUGCUGAUUGCUGGCUGUGGAGACGGCACUGUUCGGCUCUUUGACAGGAGACUUGCUCCAACAGAAUGUCGUGUGAUGACGCUGAAGGAACACUCUGGCUGGGUGGUCAAUGUACACCUACAGAAGGGAUCAGAAGGAAAGAUAAUCAGUGCCAGUGCUGGCGGUGACAUCAAGAUGUGGGACCCGCGAUUCACAGAGUCAGUCCGGAGCUUUUCCACCCAGUCCAGCAUUACAUCCAUGGCAGUCCACCCUCGGGCUGAUGUUAUAGCAUGUGGGUCUGUGAAUCAGUCCAUCAGUGUGUACAACCAGAGUGGAGACAGCCUCAGUCUCAUCAAGUACCACGAGGGAUUCCUGGGCCAGCGCAUCGGCACCAUCAGCUGUCUGACAUUUCACCCAUACUUAGUGAGGCUGGCGGCCGGCAGCAAUGACGCGUUUGUCUCCGUGUACUCCAGCCCGGCUAAGAGGAGUUGACGUUAGUGUUGACUAGCAUUGAGAGAACCGUCACAUCUACUGCCACGACAGCUGCUGUGUGUUCCUGAAUGUUGUAGAGAAAGUACGACCACACGUUUUGUAAUACUCCCUAGACCUUCUAGAUGUUUGUCAAUCAAAAUCUCUAUUACACCUGUGAUGUAAUAGUUAAAAGUAAAUGAAUCCAAAAUUGGUGGAUGGAAACAUGAUUAAUGUGGGGAUUAAUUAGCAAUGUGAGCACAUUGCUUCAGAUAACAAUUAAAUACAUGAAAUCACACUGGAAAUGAAACCUUUCUCUUCAUAGCAGUGUUUGUAACACAAUAAAGUAGCUUGUUUGACUGUAAAACCAACAGUAGCUCUACAAUUUCCAACUCAUGCUUGGGGCUGGAGUUGUGUUACAUGUACAUCAGAAAUGGACAGGACCGCUUCUGUCCUGUGAAAAAAAGUUGUUUGAUAAGUUUUGAAUAGGAAAGUAACUCAGUCUUACAUGAAGGCCAUGUCCUUUGAAUGAUGCUGAAAUUCUUGGUUGCAUUUUUACAGUGUUUAGAUAUGUGUGAGACUGUAACUGAAUGGUGCUCACAGUACUGAUUAAUGAUGAUGUCCUUGAUAAAUUUGCUCUUGUAGUGGCUAAAUCGUGCAGCACUAGCAUGGCCUCAGUGUGUAUCUGAAUUAUCAUGGUACUUGUGUAUGAAUUCCAUGAAAGAUUCCAGCAAUAUAACAAGACUAUAUCAUCAGUGUAUGCAUCUAACACAUUAUCACUACCACACACUUAGUGUUUGUCACAUAAUACUGAAGAAAGAUAUGUUUUUCGUUUUCAUUCAUUUUCAUAAGGUGCACAUUUGAACAGACUAUUGAAGGUGUGGUUUCACUUAGGUUACUUGAAACUAGUAUCUAGGAAGGUAGCAGGUAGUGAUGAUGAAACAUAAGCAACUGACUUACGUCGCUCAUUCAGAGAAACACGGUUGAGAGUACUGCAUAUUGAAUGAUAACAACUGUCAACAACUCAGGAAGAGUCAACACCUGGUUGAUAGAGUUACAUACUCACUGGCAAAUGUUACACCUUGAAUACUCCUUAUCUACCCUAUUGUAGUACAUACAUGGCACUAUUUGAUGCUGGAGGUCCAAUUUGGGAAUAUUUAUGGGUGGGCUUGCGGAAUGAUAUUGACUGAAAACUAUGUUCUGAAGAUUGAGCUUGUUUGAUUAGUUUGUUUUGAAACUCCUCUACCCUGAAAUAUGCAUCCUGUUAAGAAUUUGUUCUUUGUCAUUAUGUAUUUUCUCAGAUAUUGCUGUGAAAAUCCAGAAUUGUGUGGUGCAAUAGGUUUGUCAACAUGAUAAAACUGAAGUGUACUACAUGAUUCUAAUGAGAAAAUCAUCAAAUGUGCAAUAGUACAUUCAUGUACUAGCUGUUCAAUCAAUCAUCUCCACAGCAGUAUGAUCCGGUAUAUUUCAACUGCCAUAGAAGUCCCAAGAUUUAAUAUGAAAAAGUGGCAUUUUAAUAGGUGAUGAAGCAUUGCAUUUCUUGUAGGUUACAUAUGGCCAUCUUGGUGGUAGUGCUACACAAUAAAUAUUAGUGUGCUCACCGGUAUGGAAGGGUCACACAGUAUAUAUUGCUAUGUUGACAGCUGUGUUGACAGGUAUUGAAGUGCUACACUAUUGGCUGUGAUGACAGUGCUUUGAGAAAUUUUAGAAUGGUUAGUAGAUGGUGAUCUCAUCAUUUUGUGAUAAUUGUCAAGCUUGUACAUAUUCAUUGUUUUAAGUGUGCCAUCCCUGUGUGUGCAUGCAUGCAUUUGUGUGUGCGUGCAUCCGUGUGUGUGUGUGUGUGUGAGAGAGAACAUGCGUGCUGAGUGAGUGGGACACAUACUCUUGUAGUGUCACACAAGACACAUGGGGUUCCCUGCCAGAGAUGUAUAGGUACAUGGUGGCAGAGACACAUGGUGGACACCGGACAUCAGGAGCAUAUCAUUUCUUUGUAGAUUACCCAUCUUUAUCCUGAAUUACAGGUCACAUAUGACAGAAAUGACCUUGAUGAUUUUCAUUAUUUGAUCAGAAACUAUUUCAUACUCAAGAUUCACAGGCACAAGAUGAGUGAUUUUCACAACUAGAUGUCCUUCCUUGGUUGCCACUCCACAAUGCUAUCCUAGGCCCAUGACAACUUAAAAACCAUUUAAGCAUGGGAUUUACAACAACCUUUUAACUAUGAUCAUAUUGUGGAACCGGGCCCUUGACUUCAGAUCACAGAUACAACUGUGAUGAGUUGAUUAUAAUCACUAACUAUAUGUAAUACCCAAGACAUACAGAUACACCCUUGGGAUAAUCUUUAUCCCUGACCAGAUGCCCUGGGCUUUCAGAUCACAGACACAGCUUUAGUUCCUUUACACAUAUACCUCAUAAACAUAGCUAUGGCAUUUCCAACUUUCACAAGGUGUUAGUAUAGCAAGAUGGAGUGGUGGGCAGCAUGAUUAUGACUGGGUGUAAAACAUCUGUGAACUUACAUCAGGCUAGUUUGCAAACCACCAUUUUUGUAUGGUUUGUAGGAUGUUCUAUAUACUUUAAUACAUGACCUCAGCACUGAAUGACACAUUAAGUUGACGCUAUGUAGUCAGAUUGUCGUAUUGGUCCUGUCAUCACUCUCAAGCUAUAGAGGACAUUUUUCAACACAGUUGCAGGAUUAAAUCUGACCAAACAAGCAUAUGAACUUGGUAGAACAGGAAGCAUGUAGCAAAUACAUCAGAACUGAAUCAUAAAGAUAUUUAAUGAUUACUUUUUCUGUCGGUUGUAGAACCCUUAAGGAAAGUGUCAUGACAUUAAUUGUGAUGAUAACAAUGUCCCCAUUUACACCUUUGAUAAGUACUGUGUUCUUGUAUGAUGGUGGAUUUUUGUCAGCAUAAUACUGAAAGUUGUUCAUCCUGCGAGUCAUGUCUCACUUCUGUUGUGAUAAAUAUCUGGACAAGAAAAUACAAGCUGUUAUUGCAUGAAUCCAGAAGGCACUGACAAAAUACAGAAUGUCAAGCUUCAUGCAUGUUAACCCCAUUUCAUCCUGUAUUUGGCUGUAUAUCUGCUGAGAAUGAAUUGUUAUGACUGUUCUGUUAUGUUAAGUUAUGUUUUGGUGCCAGGCCAAUCGUUACUUGUUACAUUAUUGACAUAAUUUAGUCUUCCUGACCUGGCACUAUUUUGUAGCUUCAAAAUUCCAUUUUAUAUAUUGUUAAGUUUUGGUUAAGCUAUAGAUUAUUUCUAUAAAGUGCUUUCUUUCCUUGACAUUUAUUCAGUGUAUUGAAAUUUUAUUUACCCUUUAGGUGCUACAUUAUCUAGAUUUACAUAACACAGGUUUCAGUCUCUGCUAGCUUGUCCUGUCUAACUGAUUCACAUUACAUGUGUUGUAGUCUAUCCUAGGUUGUCCAACCUAAUUGAUUCACAUUACAUGUGUUGUAAGCUCUGCUAGGUUGUCCUGAUUCAUAUUACGUGUUGUAGUCUCUGCUAGGUUGUUCAGCAUAAUUGAUUCACAUAACGUAGUGUAGUCAAUGCCAGAUUGUCCUGUCUGAUUCACAUUACAAGUGUUACAGUCUCUGCUAGGUUGUCCUACCUAAUUGAUUCACAUUACAUAUGUUGUAAGCUCAGCUAAGUUGUCCUGCCUAACUGAUUCACAUUAUGUGUUAGACUCUGCUAGGUUGAACGAUAUGGAUACAUUUUCAGGGAUUUAAUCUCACCUAGCAAUACGUAAAAGACAAAAAGAUGACGCUUAUUGUGAGAAAUACCAUUUGAUAUUGUAAUAUAAUAAUCAUUUUAUUGUGUUCAAAUGUACAGAUGAUUGUAAAUAAAAGGAUUAUGUGAUUAUGGGCCUGAAUCGCCUUCAGUGUAAAUCUGUGUUAAUUAUGUAAAUAAUACUAAAGAAUCACUUGUAGAUAAAUUGAAAAGUCAAUAAAGAAAGUGUCAACCUUC